AUGGAUCCACCUGAGUACGUCCUGGCCAAGGACGACAUGGAAGAGGUUCAGCGGGCGUUCAACUCCUGUGAUCCCAAAAAGACAGGACGGAUCAGGUCGGAGGACUUGGGAACUGUACUGCGAGCUCUGGGCCACAACCACACGGAGUCUGAGAUCUACAGAUAUGUAGAUACCCUCGAUGGGGAAUAUGUUGGAGAGAUAGCCUUCGAGGGUUUUGUCGAGUUCAUGACGAAAAUGUACAAGUUGUUGGAUCAGGAUGACCACUUGAAGGCAGCCUUUCAGUGCUUCGAUCAAAAUAAAAAUGGAGUGGUAACAUUGCCCGACCUGCGAAACAUUUUCAUCAACCUUGGCGAUAAAAUCACCGACGAAGAGGUCGAAAUUGUAUUUCGCCAGAUUGACAUCGAUGGAGAUGGCAAUAUCAACUUGACGGAUUUCAUCCAUGCCUAUAGGUCCUGA